AGAGUUACAGUAAAGGAAACGGAGCUGAAGUUAAAACGCGUUAUUCCUGUUUCUCUUUUAAUACAUACUGUGGGAGAGAGAGAGAGAGAGAGAGAGAGAGAGAGAGAGAGAGAGAGAGACGCUGAAACACCACCGACUGUCAGCUUUCACUUAAUAAAUACAGGAUGUCUCUUAUUACUGUGAAAAGAACAACGGACUCUGGAUUGAAGACAUAAAAAUUAUAAUUAAGAUAAAAACAUAAAGUAGCAAUAAUUCAGAUGGAUUCCUACAACAUCCACUUUGAGAAGAUGAGCAGCUUCGACCUUCAUCCUCUUGGUCAACACUCUCCAUCCAAGUCCAGCAGCAGUAUUGAUCAGUACACACACCAUCACGGCAAAGGAGAUUCUGCAUACAGCUCUUUUUCUGGAGGCUCCACAGCCCCUGAUUAUCCUUCACCCUUUUUAGCUGAUGAUUUACACCAACAGGACCUUCACUACGCUGAUCUGAAGGCCACGUGUGGUCCCAGCAUUCUCCACUCUCAUCACAGCCAUGAUGGAUGUUCUCAUGUCAAACAUCCUCCUGUGCCUAUAACCCAUUUUCCUCCUCCUCCACCUCUGCCACCACCACCUCUAACUCCACCACCACCACCUUCAUGUCCACCUCCACCACCACCACCACCACGUGACUAUUUAGACAGUUUCAUAACAGCUAAGAAACAUGAACCAUCAGUGAUGAGUUUUGAGGGUCAGUUUUCUAACGUUUCCUCCUUCAGACACCAGACUUCUCAUUCUGAAAUCUUGGGAUCCAAACCUGACCUUGUUUAUGACAACUGGGUUCCUCAGAAUUAUGAGAGAAAGCAAAACCUUGUGGAGAAGACUCCAGAUUUGAAGAUAGAAGGCAGAUCUAUUCGAUCUCCUCUACAGACAUGGCAGCCAGAACAUGUACAGCAGAACAUGGAGAAGCAGCCAGACCACAGUAGGUCACAUUCAGAGUGCGGGGUUUCAGUCGGAGAGAAACAACACACGGUCAACUCCUGGCACAUGGCACAAAACACCGUCACUGGAAGUAUUCAGCACAAAGGACAGUUUUAUUUUGUCACUGGUGUGUACAAAUCAUGUGAGUCUGGUGUUCCUCCAGCACCACAAUAUCCCACAGACAUCAUCGAGACUCACACAUCAGCUGAAACACAGAGAUCACAUAACACUGUGGAGGACAUGUUUAAACACGUUCCUCAGAGGAAACAGGGCAGUGGAGAGAUCUUCUUCCAAGAGAAAACGUGUAUCACACCAGAUGGACAUGAGGAACAUUCAGAUAGCCAUCAUUUCUCAAAAUCUCAAAAUGUUGGUGAUUUGGAACACAUGAGCAUGGAUGUGGGCAGAUGCUACACCCAAAAUCACCCAAUCUUCUACUGUGGCCCAGAGGACAACUUCUCAACAUCAUCUCAACAUAAACCUGUGACUUCUGCCUUCAGUGUUUUAGACCAAAAUAUUCAUUUAAAACAAGAGGAACCUGUGAAUAAACUAACAAGACAAGCCACUGCUGAUGUGCCCACAGAGAAGAUCAGCAAAGAGACAACUCCUCUACUGUAUCAUCUCACAGGAGCCAGCAGAGCCAACGUUACCAAGAGCGUAAAAAAGGGCAGAAACUCUACUGUGGGAUGCAAGGAAUCAGACUGGAGUAAAGAUCAUCAGGAAGCAGGACGAGAGUCAGGUUUUUCUGGUCUUCACUCUGAGAACAACACUGAAGUGGCAAAGGAGGAAAAGUCGAAAGAGUUUUAUUAUCUGUGCAACACCAUGGACGAUUCCUUCAAAAAAUAUUAUAAAGAAAAGCUUAAAGAUGCACAAAGCAAGGUUUUGAGAGAGACUUCAUUCAAAAGAAAAGAUCUCAGACUCUCUUGGCAAAAGAUGAUUGAGCACAUCUGUGAUAAGAGGCUUUCUGUCGUACCUUCAGGUCCUCCUUCACAAGAGAACCCCAGUCCAGCUCAUCUGCUCACACUUCAGAACACUUCUGAUUCUCUGAAUAACACAAACCAGGAGAUGAAGAAAGAGGCGGUGAAGCAGCAGAACAUCGCCCAGCCUCAAGUGCCCCGAGUUGGCUGUAGGAAACGUCUGACCAUAGGACAGAAGAAACUCUCCAACUCUGAGCCAGAAAAGCUCCACCAUCUGGGAGAAGGACCGACGCAUGUGACCUGCCGUUCCCUUGGCAGUGAGAGUGAAGGGCUGCUCUCUGAAGAGUAUCUCGUCCAGCACGGUCUGGUCGCAGUCAGACGUGAGAUGUUUGAGGUGAGAGGGCGUGCAAUGUCUGCUUGCAGCAUCUCCAAGAGCUCUCUGAAGCACCUUCAGCAGAAGGCCUUGGUAGCGUAUAUGGAACGUAAAACUGGCUGCAAGGUGGCGGAGCCUCAGCAGGCAUCUCCACAGGUUCUCACAGCAGGAAGAUAUUCUGACUGGGCUUCUAAACCUCACACAGGAUCCAAGGAGAAGCCGCAGAGGCCGCUGUCUGCUAGUCGUGUUCUUGAUUCAGG